CAAAUAUCAGGCGGGUUUCCAGCCAUUUCCUUUCUUCCACUUUUCAUUUCCUUCUUGUGUGUGUGUUUCUUUUCUUUCUCCCCCCAUAUCAGUAUAUGUAUGCCAGCAUGGUGAAUCAAAAUUUCAUCACGGCGGAUCAGAUCGAAAGGGCAGUAGACAAGGCUUACUUGACCACGCCUAUCACAUCCCUGGACCAGAUCGUCGAUGAGUCUGCGCUUGCCCUCCGCAAUGAGAUUCACGAGAUACCACCGGCAAACACUCCCGAGGGCGACGACAACAGCGAGUCGGAGAGUGAAGGGCUAAUCCUGUCUGGCGGUAAUAAGCUAAACAAAACAGUGAUUGGAGGCGCACUUGUUAGGAAUGUCUCUUUGGUGGUCCCUGUUGGGGAUGCAUCAUUCGCAGAUCUUCCCGUGGUCCCUAUCAAGGGAAGCAAUAACGUGAAUGCCCAGCUGUUGGCGGCAGCCGCAGAUGACAAGUCGCCUGGAAAGUCGAACCAGCUUGCUGUUUUGCUCUUGCCCGAUGAGGGGAACCUGGUACCGGUAGCUCAGCCUCUUGCCAGCGAGCCCCCUGCUGAUGCGACAAUGCUUUCAAGUCUGAUCACUACCACGUCGGAUAUCAAAGAGGGAGGAAGCCUAACUAAGGAGAAGAAAAUAUUGAAACAGAAGCUGGAAACCUAUGUCCUGUCGGGAACCAUCGAUAAAUUCUUUGGUAUCAAAGGUUUAACGGCCAAGCUGUACAAGUUUCAAGAGUCUGAAGCGGGAGACCACAGUAAGAAGGAUGAUGCCAGCACGAAGAAAGUGGAUGGUGAUGCCGACGACAAGAAAAAAGACGACAGCUCAGAGCCCCCUUCAGUGCCAGCACAUGAAAUGGCCAUAUUGAACCCAGAGAGUGGAGCACUGGAAGGAAAACCGUUGGGCACGCUCUUCCCCUUCAUCAACGACAAAGAUCUCCAGAAAAUGCCCAUCAAAAAUCUUGCGUUCACCUAUUGUGAGGAGAGCGAAAGUCCCUUUAUCAAACCGGGCCUUUGCCUGGAAGCCGACGUGAUGCUCAAGGAUAGCCUUCAAUGGGCAGCUGAUACGCUGAAGAAAAUGUUCGGUGAUCAAAAGACCCCUGACUCUAUCCGUCUUAGUGCCCACCUUUCAAAAGAGAGAGAUUGGUCUAAGAUGCCAGUGGUUAAAGAGUUUAUUCUCCAGGGCUACUUCCAUGACAUGGGUCUGAAGACUUGGGAUGUGCUUCAAUUCAAGACAAUGGGCAUCGAGAUCACCGGUACAAAGGCCGCUAAAGGCAAACACAGUGGUGAUACGAAAGAGAAAAAUGACAAAGAUGAAGAUAGUAGCAAACCCUCUGAUGACCCAAACAAGGAGAGGCCCAAGAACAGCACGAAAGAUGAGGAGACCAAGCCGAUAGCCGAGCCUGAGGACGACUCUGAGAAGCCUGAUAAAGAAAAACAUAAAGAGGAAAACGCAAACGGCGAAGAAGAAAGUAAAAAGACAAAAGAGCCACAGUCAUGGAACUUUGGCUUCGGCUUUUACGGAACUGUCAUGCUAACUAACGUGCCUCACGCCAAUGUUCCCCUGGAAUUGAACUACCGCAUUGCCAGGGACUUUGAAGUCGAAGGAAAUAGUGAUGGCGAAGACAACAAAGGCGAGGACAAAAAAGACGAAGACAAAUCGAAGGAGAAGACCGAGGAGAGUGCGGCCAACCUUACCAAGCCAGACAAUGAGGGCAUCAAGGACGGCUCCAAGAGCACGAUGACCAAGCUCCCGGAGGGGGAGAAGCCCAAAAAAGAGUAUUCGGAUGGCGCGCACAAGAGAAUCUGGAACAUGGUCAUCUGGUGUGACAAGUGGGAGGACAUCUACGGCAUCAAGAACGUCUCGUUGACAAAAGCCGAGCUCAAGUUCUCCUUUGAACAAGGCACCUUUAGAGAGACUGUGCAAUUAAAUCUGACAGCGGAUUUGACGUUGGGAAGUGGAACCUUUUCAGCUGUUGGAAAAUUCUCCAAGAAUGAAAACUCGCUCGAUGCUAAGAUAGGUGACCUCACACUCAGUGAAAUUAAGAAGAUCCACGCCCAGAUCGCCGGCUACGCACUUCCAGCAGACAAUGCAGCCACAGAAGCCGAAGUGAAGAAAGAAGCCAAAGGCAACGAGAUCACAUUCAAGAACCUGCAUCUCAAUCUGUCUAGCACCAAGAUGGGCGGUAGUACAGACCGAUCUUUGCAAUUGGAUGGCUGCGUCGGAUUCAACGAGCAUAGCAGUGCCAGUGCUCUGGUAAAGAUUGAUCAAGAUGGGCUGAGCAUCAGCGGAGACAUCAAAGACUUUGAUAUUCCUGACACUCACAUCAAGAUCGAGAAGGCCGGACUGCAUAUCUAUAUUGGAUUCAAGCAGGGCACCAAGAGUGAAAAGGCUGUCGAUGGGGAGGAGAAUAAGAACUUCAAGGCGGUAACUGAUGGUAAAGAGACCAAGUCUAAUAAGAAGGAAAGCAAGGGCGAAACCCUGACGAAGACAGACGAUGAAGAAGAAAAGCCUGUCGGAACCAAGCGAGCAAGUGAGUUUGCUAUUAUGGGCAUUGUCAAGAUCGAAAGCUUCACUGUCACUGUUGGUUUCCACAUCGAGCAAAAGCCAGACAAACCGACUCGGGACUGGAUUCUGGUCGGCAGUGUCGCUAGCAUCAAGCUGGACCAACUCUGGUCCGACCUCAAGGGUGGAUUCUUGGAUCUGGAACUGGAUCGUGUGGCGCUGAUUGCAUCCUCAGAGGAGAGGGAGAAGCAGGACCCAACGGAGUCAAGUGCAGUUGACAGUUGGGAUGUCCUGGCUCAGGUCGAUGCUUAUGGCUAUCCUGUUGUCAAAGGCAUUCAAUUGUGCGCAAGUAUUCGAAAGUUUGACGUCCUGGACGAAAUGAACGAUAAGAAGAAGAUGGAAGACCUCGUUUUGAUUGUGGCCUUCCCGUCACAGGGCAAGCUGAAAUUCAGUAUCGAUAUGCCCGAGUCAUUCCAGGUUCCCAUCAGCAAAUGCUUGAAACUAUGCAAAUUCGGUGCCACUAUUGGUGCUGAUGAUACUGGGCCCUACCUGCAGUUGAACACAACCUUGACUCUGUCGUACAAAGGCCAGAGUCCGAUUAACGUUAUAGGUGACAUCAGGGGUUCCAUGACAGAUGCCUAUGGAGCGCUUUAUAUGAAAGAGGGGGAUAAGUGGGUUGAUCCUUUCGGGUUGAACAAGAAAGCCGUUGUAUCCGAACUGGGAGUCGGUGCCGGAUUCAAAUAUGCAACUGUUUUAGAGGAAGGACCCGAUCAAUUCUCGUUCGCAGGAAAACUCGAUCUGGGUGAUAAAUUCCAUGGAAAGAUGGUCCUGCACUUCGGCGUUGGCGAGGAGCAGGUCAUCAUAGUCAAAGCCAGCGAGAUCAAUGUCGUCCAGCUCAUCCGUCUGGCUGGAGAGCUGGCUGAUAUUAAGGAACUGGCGAAUAUUGAGGGCGGUGACGAUAUUCUUGUUUUCCGUGAUCUCGAACUGUAUCUGUCCACGGGUGCAGAGGUCUUUGGUAUUACCUACGAACGAGGCAUUCAUGUAAAUGGGAAGAUGGAAUUCUUAAAGAAGACCGGCGACUUUAAAGGAAGCCUCACCGAUGACGGUGUCACGGUCAAAGCUGGUGUGGAUCAGUUCAGCAUUGGAGGUCUUAAGGUGACAUCUGCCUCGGCAGGUGGAAAGCGAGCGACGCUGGAUGUUGAAAUGACAAAGGAGAAGCAGAAGAUCUCCGUUGACGGCAUGAUUCAGUACUACGACAUCCACGCGAAGAUGCUGGUUGAUGCCGACAUACAAGAAAGACGGUUGAAUGCUAAUAUCGAUAUCCAAUUCAUUGAGAGUCUAUCGUUCCUGCUCAAGGCAAAGGUCCAAGUCCCACAAGGCAGCUCGACGGAUGACCUGAAGGCAGAUUUCGACGCACAGCUCACGCCAGACGUUUACGGCGCCAUCUUCGACGGUAUCCACCAUGGCAUUGACGCUCUUGGAAAGCUUGUCACGCAGGAAAUUGACAAUGCCAAGAAGGAUAUCCAAAGACAGAUAGAUGAGCACGGCCAGGAGCUGAAGAAAAUGGAGCAGGAACUGAAUCAGAUGAAGAUCGAGUCCGCAAAGCAGGUCAAAAUACGCGAGCAGAAAAUCAAGCAGAACGAUGAUCAGUUGACGGAAUUGAGAAACGAGCUUGAUCAUCUUGAAGGAGAUGUCAAAAGCGCUGAGGCCCAGAAAAAUAAAAAUGAUGCAAAGGUCGCCAGCACAAAAGCUGAAAGAGAUGCUGCUAAGCGGAAACUGGACAAAAAGAUACGAGACAUGACUGCUGAAUACAACCGCCAGUUGACGGAGCAAGAAGACCAGCAACAGAAGUGGCAGGCCAAGAAGCAGAGUCUGGAGAACCAGAAGAAUGCCACAUGGGGUGAUGACCUCAGGAAAGGUGCGGCAGCGCAGGCCAACUUGGAAUAUUGGAACGCGCAGGUGAAAGAGGCCCAGGGUGAGGUGAAACAUUGGAAGACGGUGAUCGCCAAUUCCGGACCGUUCGGCAAGCUUGGAGGGCUUGCUAGCUUGUCCGUAGCCCUUGGAAAACUAGGGUCAGAUGAGGCCCAACGGGCUAUAUACAGCGGUUUAAUAAACGUUAUGCAAGAUAUUCUGAGCAGUCCAGAGUUCGAAGGGGUAGAAAAAGACAUCACCGAAGCCGUGGAAAAGAUCAAGAACAUUGGUGCAGGCAUUGAUGCGCUCAAAAGCCAAGGCGUCUAUGGCUUCAUUCAAGCAAUGUCUCGGGAUGAGAAAGCAGAAUUGAACCGCCAGAUCCAGCUGCUUAACGACCUGGAAGCAGAGGGCCAAAAGUUGGAGGAUGAACUUAUCAAGGCAAGGAACAAGCUUGAAAAGAACCGAGGUAGAAUUACCGCCGAUCAGAUAGCAGCCCAAAGGUCUAUUGCACAGCUGCAGGCCGAGAUCAAGCUCAAGCCAUUUGAAAGUGAUUUGCGUGCCAAACAGGUCGAGUUUGCCAACAUCAAGGCGAAAAUCAAUACCCUUCAGCGAACCUUGGACGAUGUCGAUAAGGGUGUUGAUAAAACAACUCAUGUAUCCGAAGAGAUUGUCGGGGCGUUGAAAAAGGGAGUGCCUCGAGUUACCAUGAUUGACGUCCAGGCCAAUACUGAUGUCUUUAUCGAGAACAAGCCGCUGGUCUUUACGCUUUAUGUCGACUGGCUGGGGAAGCAGAACAAGCAUGAAGUGGAUUGGGCACCAGGAGUGGACGCUGCAGAUCUAUAUAAGAGGGCUGCAGACAUGAUCAUUAAGGGUCAUUAGAUUAUGAGUCUGAUAUAUUCUAUACUUCGCCUCUAUUAGCAGCACUAUUGAUUUGUUACUACUUUAUAUCUUGAUAUAUUUCGAUACUAUCGUUAAGCUAUCAACGUCGAUCAAAAGAUAAAGCAAGAUAUGGAAUUGCUAAACAGAUCAAGAUGUUUUAAGAUAAACAAUAAUGUCUAUCUAUCUAUCUACCUAUGACUCGG